AUGACCACUCAAGAAAUGCCAGCAGCUCCCUUAUUACUUUCCAAGGCUGCUAUUUCUCCCGAAAAUAAGAUCAGACCAGACGAUGGUGAAAGAAUAUCUCAAAUGAUUCAGGACACAGUCCAGGACCAUCUCAAUCAACAAUAUGAAAGUCAAAAACAGCAAACAGAACUCACAUCUCCAGUAAGUACAAUGAAUGAAGGGAACGACAAUAGACAUAAACAGGACCAAGCAGGGGGAAAUAGUGACAGUGAAGGUUGUUUCUUCAAUAGUAGACAAAAAGGAAGCCAGACUACACCACCCAGUCUAGGGGCAAGGCGACAAUGGCAAUCCUGCGAUAGGUGUAUUGAGGAUAGUGUCAGGGGUAACAAGUGGCGACAUAAAAUGAAGGAAAUGCGAAAGAUGAAGAAUAUGCGGGUACCGAACAAAGCAGGUCAGAAGAAAAAAGCCGAACUGAUGGCUUGGCUAGGUUUCGACAGUCCUCAUUCAGAAAAAAAUAAGCAGGCUAUGCAUAAAUAUUACCAACAUUACCGACGCCGUUUGGGAUGCGGCGAUAUCAUGCCAACCCCUUCAUCGAAAAGUUAUCGGCUGCCCUACGACAAUUACGUGUCAACAGAAGGAUUUCAACUGCCAGUAGCACCAUCAAAGUCCGCCUUGAGCACACAACCACAGGAGGUUACGGCUUAUUGUCAACAUCUUGCUGGCUGGCCCUGGUCUAUUAUAGGUAAACAGAUGGAUGCCCUAGACUCUACGUUAUACGGUGACCGUGAAACUAAAUAUCACUCUAGUAGGCACAAACGUCCCCACAGUCAUCACUGUCACCGAAAUCGCAGACGAUUUCGAGCAUUGAGCUGUUGCAAUCAUUCCAGUUUUGUACCUUCUGCAUCGUUAUAUUCCUGCUGCCAGUCAGGAAAUGAAGCCCUCAAUGGUGGCUGCGAUUAUCUUUGUGACAGCAAGCACCAUGGAAAUUUCUGUCGUAUGGCGGAUGUAUGUAAUUAUGAGAAGAAAAUGGCUGAAAGGGAUGCUUGCUUGUGCAAGAAAGGAGCUUCAUCUGAACGCUAUGCCGGAGUGGAUUCAGGUAGAACUGGAGGCGCUAGUAGCGAAAUAGUGCAUGCAGACACAUCUGCUUUCUGUAGCAGCUCUUUUGACCCUGCCUACCUGCACAGCUUUGGGGCUGAAGGUGUUAAACAACAGUGCUGUCCUUGCCACAGCAGAUUCACAGGAUCCUACAGUUCAUCUGACCACCUAUGUCCGUCAAAUCUUACAUUAAAUCAGCAGAACAGUGCACAACUGAAUGAGUUCUGCCCAUAUCGUGACCAACUUAACUCAACUAAAAAUGGUAGCUCAUGUCUUUCGAAAAACUCGUCUGUGGCCCUAACGAGUACUUCUAUGUUGGUCCCUGUCACAGUUGCUGCACCUGGCUGUUCAUCUGCGAACCUCAUUACGAGCCCUUUGUGUCCCUCCGGCUCAGAUCAUGCUGUAUAUCCUCAAAAGUAUUGCCAAGCCUUAAACGGAAACGGUAUAAGAUGGACAAAUACAGGUGAUCAAAACCAAGUUGGCUCAAUGGGUAGACAGGUAUGA